GAAGCGCGCAGAGAGGCCACCGGCAGAGUGUUCUCCGGGGAGGCGCGCGACCACGUCCCGUGGCUGUGUCACCGGGCGCGUAUUGCGUAUACAGAACAACCGCGAGCCCCGGCGAAUCGGCGCGAGACAGAUCAGCAUGCACUCGCUCAAAGAGGACGCGGGCUGCAGAGAGCAGCUCACGCGGAGUCAUUUCAUCAUCGAUUCAGAUCCCAGGAUGGACACCAUGCAGUCGACGACCCGCAGGACAGCCACCGGUACGAGGCGCCCCGGAGCCGUGAGCUGCAGCUGGGGGACCGAGCUGUGGGACCAGUUUGAGAACCUGGAGAAACACACCAGUUGGGGCAUUGAUUUCCUGGAGCGCUACACCAAGUUUGUGAAGGAAAGGGCCGAUAUUGAACUCAGCUACGCCAAACAAAUCAGGAAUCUUUCUAAGAAGUAUCAAGCCAAGAAGAACUGCAAGGAAGAAGAAGAGAGCAGGUAUUCCUGGUGCCGCUCGUUCGGGUCCACGCUGAGGGAGCUCAACGACUACGCCAGCCACCGCGAGGCGCUGGCCCAGAACCUGCACGCCUACAUCGUCAGCGAGCUGGUGCGCUACACGCAGGACCUGAAGACCGAGAGGAAAUCACAUUUCCAAGAUGGGCGGCGAGCCCAGCAACACAUCGAGAACUCGUGGAAACAGCUGGAGUCGAGUAAACGACGGUUCGAGCGGGACUGUAAAGAGGCGGAGCGCGCCCAGCAGAACUUUGACAGGAUUGAUACGGACAACAGCAAAGCAGAUGGAGAAAAGCGAUGUUCCCUAAAGGCUCGUCAGACAGCUCAGCAGAAGCAGCAGGCGGCUGAGGACUCCAAGCAAGACUACACGACCAGCCUGAAGCAGUUCAACCAGGACCAGCAACAGCACUACCACACACUGGUACCAGUUAUAUACCAGCGUAUCCAAGACAUGGAGGAGAGGAGGAUAGACCGACUUGGGGAGUCAAUGCGCUCGCUUGCGGAGGUGGAGCAUAAGGUGUUGCCCAUCAUCAGCAGAUGUCUGGAUGGGAUGACGCACGCUGCGGAGAGCAUCCAGUCCCGGGUGGACAGCCAGCAGGUGGUGGAGGUGUUCAAGACGGGCUUCGAGCCUCCGGGAGACGUGGAGUUUGAGGACCACAGCGCCCCCAUGAGGCGAAGCAUCUCCGAGUCCAGUUACCUUGACAACCGAGCCGAGCAGAGACACACAAGGCGCAACAGCCGAGGAAGACUCUGGCCCUUCAUCCGCAAGAACAAGCUGAUGAGCCUUCUCUCCUCCCCACAUCAGCCACCACCUCCCCCACCCACCUCCCCAUCCCCAGGGGGCGAAACCAGCAGCCCACAGUCCCCGCCUACUUCCGCCCGGGAACCAAUCACGCAGCGACUCAACGACCUCAUGAGCUCCGGCUCCAGAACCCGAAAACAGUGUCUUCGCAGCCUGAAGAGAGGGCUGUCACUCAAACUGGGCUCUGGCUCAGAAGACUUCAGUCACCUCCCUGCAGAACAGAGGCGUAAGAAACUUCAGAACAGGAUCAGCAGCAUCGGUGUGGAGGUCCAGAGAGAGAGAGAACAGAGAGAUGCUCUGGCUAAGCUGCGGGAGGUGUACCAGAGGAGCCCUGAGAUGGGCGACGCCAGCAGCCUGGACUCCCAGAUCGAGGAAGCCAGUCAGAGGCUGGACCGCCUGCAGAAGGAGCUGCACAGACAUCAGGGUUGGUUGCAGGAGACGGAGAGCAGGCUGGUAGAUCACGGCGGCAGGCGUCAGAGUGGAGGUUGUGGGUUUGAGUCCCAGGCCACAACGCCAGGCAGCAGCAGCCUGGGUCACCUGGAGAACCUCAACCACCAGGGUCCUUCCAGCCGAGAGAGUCCCGACGGCAGCUACACAGAGGACAACACCGCGGAGCUCCAUUUGAAGUCUCGCAGUUCAGAGUUUGACGAUGACUUUGACGAAGAUGAGCCCUUGCCCAGUAUAGGCACCUGCAAGGCCCUCUACCCCUUCCAAGGUCAGAACGAGGGCACCAUCUCCAUGGUGGAGGGCGAGCUACUGUCGGUGGUGGAGGAGGACAAGGGGGACGGCUGGACCCGAGUGAGGCGGGACCAGGACGAGGAGGGAUAUGUGCCCACCUCCUACAUUAAAGUCUUCCUGGAUAGCAACGCUAAAGUGUGAAUGGAAACACUCAUCGCUGCUGUUUGUACAUUCAAUUAUGUGUGUGUGUGUGUGCAUGUGUGCGUGUGUUCGGAUUGGCCUACUCCUCAGGUAGUUUUGUGGAUAUUAAUUCUAUAUCUGGGGGCUAGUCUAUGCAUACUAUAUUUAAAGCUCUAUAAAAUCUAUCAAUCAAUUACUCUUUUUUACCUCUCUUUGUGGCUUUGCCUGUCUAUGUGCUCUAGAGCUGCAUUCUUCUCUGCUUGCCUAUAGGUUCAUGUAUAGGCCUAUAUAUACUGUAUAUACAUAGAAUAUACUGUAUAUAUGUAGAAAAUAGAUUUAUUGUAGUGCAUGUCUGGUCGAAACAAUGUCUGCUCAGUGUCUAAAUCUAUGGCAACAUGUACUGUAUAUCUUUGUUAGGCACACACACACACACACACACACACACACACACACACACACACACACACACACACACACACACACACACACAACCCCCUGGGAAGGUGAGGUCACAAAGCCAAAGGUCUCCUCCUCCAUCUUUCCUCAGGUUUCAAACUCCUAUAUUAUGUCCUACUUACCAUAACAAAGCCUGAAACAAAACUACUAACCUAAUGGUUUAUCCUGACUACCUUACUUUACUAACCUGCUGGUUUACAAUGCUCUAUUCAGAAGACCUUAAACUGACUACUAACAUUCUAGUUUUUACAGUGUUUUUUUUCUAGACUACCUUCCAUUAACUAAUUUACUAAUCUGCAGAGGUUCAUUUGUAUGACCUCCAUUAGCUAGUAACAUGUUUACAGUCGUUUAUAUUCAGACUUUAGUAAUGACCACUAAGUUCCUACCUUGUUCCCAGCAGGGUUGUGUCGUCUACAUUAGGUUGGAAAGGGUUAGGGUCAUUAUCCAUAUGUGACCAAUUUGAUUGGUCAAAGAUGAUUUAGUCAAUGUUGCAUUGAAAACUGAAACAGUUUUUUCAACCAUUUAAAGUAGUAUAUGCAUUGACUGAGGCACAGGGUUGUUAAUGAGUUAUGGGGCAGUAGGACCUUGAGACUGGGAGGAAAUUGCUGCUUCAAUUGGCUGAAAUGUUACCUUUUGUCUGAGCCUGCCUCUUCUAACCUGCCUGUCUGUUUGUCUGUCUGUCUGUUUGUCUGUCUUAUUUCUUCACUUUAUUUACCCCUCUCUCUCUCUCUCUGUCCCUCUCACUCUCUCUCUCUCUCUCUCUCUGUCCUCUCUCUCUCUCUCUCUCUCUCUCUCUCUCUCUCUCUCUCUCUCUCUCUCUCUCUCUCUCUCUCUCUCUCUCUCUCUCUCUCUCUCUCUCUCUGUUUGCUUGUAAUCUUGCCCUAAUGCUGUCUACCUUCCAACCCUUUCAAUUCACCUGUCUGUCUCUCUGUUGUUAUGAAUUUAUGCAUGUAUCUCUACGUCGCCUGUUUCUCUCUUUGCUUGCCCCCUCCCCCCCUUUUUUGUCGUUCUGUCCCUCAAUGUAUGUCGGCCUUCUCUCUUUACUCCAUCUCGCUGUUCUUCCUGCCUGUCUCUGUGUCUGUCUGUGUGUGUGUCUCUCUCUGCCUGUCUGCCCUGCCUGUCUGGCCGCCUGUCUGUGUGUUUAUUUUGUAGGCUUCGAGCAGGCUAGUCGGCUAGUCUAGUGCUAGACUGGUAGUGACCAGUAGGCGGAGCUGUGGAGAGAGGAUGACUUAACCACAACAGGAAGUGAUUCGUAAAGAAUGAGAGAAUGGAGGAGUUCUGGUAAAAAAAAAAAAGUUUCAUUGACAUUAAUACACACAUUGUUUCAAGAAUUCCUUACGCAGAUUGCCAAAUGUUUGGAUGUCGAAUUCAGACAAACAUAAAGGACUUGUUGUUCCUGCAACCACACGAGCCCCGAAGAAACCAGAGGAAUCGCUCCUCUCUUUCCGAGACGGAUCUCAAAGGAGGCCGGAGGCGAGGAUAUUACAUAUUUUCAGGGGAGACGAAAAAUGUGUUUCCAUAGCAAUGUCAUUGCCGGUGUGUGUUACCACGGUAACCACUACAUCACAUGCAAAGUAGAGGUAUACUGCUGCCUUGCAACUUUAGGUCUACAUUUUCCCCUCUUCGGCAUAAUUAAUUUGGGUUGUUUCCAUAGUGAUUGUCUCCUUGGUUACAGUACAAUUGUCAACCGUCCUACUUUCCUUUAUGCCUUUGAACGCACCCGUCCUGUCUACCUGAUUGUCUACCUGUCCGUCUGUCCGAGUGUCACUGAGCCUUGCUAUUUGUUUACUAUUAGUGAGAGAAUACGGAACAUCUCAAAGGUCAAAACUAGCAAUGUUAAGAAACUCUGGGUCAGCAAGACUCUUCUGCCAUGUUUAACAGAUCCAAAAUGGCGCCUAUCCCAUGUUAAACCCAUUCAACGGAUGGAUCAUAUCUAACGUUAGACAGAUCAAUUAGGGAUCCUACGUGAAGCAGAUGCAACAUGGAUCCUCUACCUUGUCCACCAGAUCCAACAUGGAUCCGGAGUCUGUCGUAGUGUAAAAUAGAGCCGUGGCAAAGUGAAACAGCAGUAUUAAUGUGUUACUUUUGAAAUGUAUUUACUCCAAUGUAUUGUUAAUGUCAAGCUUAAUCAAAGUAGAAAGGCCUACAGUGAAUGCAAGAUGGCUGCUAUAGAAAUGUUUUACCCUUUGGACCUGCUAAUGCUUUCAGAGAAAUGUCCCGAGAAGGGUGAGAAAAGACAGACCAUGAUGUCAAUAUCUGAAAACUUUAAAGACGUUCAAGGGCCUCAAAAGGGCGCUGGAGAAGCUGUCUCCUCAUAGUAGAUGAUGUUCCUAUUAGCCGUGUAUUCCAUAGGAUCCAAUGUUGUUGAUUCACGAGUGAAAUGUCAAACGUUAUUCUAUCGACAACUUGAAGGCUCAUGGCUAUAAUUUGGUGGAUUGUAAAAUAUAAAAACUGCUUGUUUAUUUGUUAAUUUUUAAUUUUUUUACAUUGUUUACUGGUAUGUAGAAGUGGGCUUUUUUGAAGUUUGUGGAUGUUUCCAAUUUUCAACUAAACUAAACUUUAAACAACAA